AUGUCUGUUCAAAUUGGAACUGUUCGACCUUUAUUUGUCACAUGGCCUGAUGAUGAUAGAUUUCUUUACUUUGUUGCAGCGGCAGUAUGGUCAAAAGAAGAGGAGGAUGUGCAUAGAGCAGAAUGGAAAGACGUGAUUAAUUAUAGACAGAGUAAACCUGGUGAAGGAAGUGUUAUCUAUAGAAUGGAUAUCGACACGAAUAAUCCAGUUCUAUCUGCAAAAGUCAGCAUUGUAGCGAAUGUUUCCUUGCUCAUCACCGAACUUUUGUAUGUGCCAUACGGACAACAGCUUGUUUUUACAUCGAGAGGAAGAGCUUACGAAGAUUUAGACGAUUUCGAAAUAUAUUCGAUUCAUUUAAAUAGUUCAUCAUCAUCAUCAUCAUCAUUAUCAAGAUUGACGUACAUGGAAGGAGUUGAACAAGAAUUACAAUUAUCAAGUGAUGGUAAACAUGUAUUAUUUCGUUUAUGGGCUCUUAGUUCAGGUAAAGUUCAAACUACUCAACGACGACUCUAUUCAUUGGAUUUAACCAACGGUCAAGUUGAUCGACUAGGAAAAAACUUUGAUGGUCUUGUCACACAAUACACAGUUAAAUCGGGCGGUGGUGUGUAUAUCAUUGGACAAUUGGGACUCAAUGUCCAAAUUUAUACCCAAGAAUCGUUGACAGAUGACGCAAUUUACCAACAAGGAUGGAACGGAACCUAUGAACGGUUUACUGCGUCUUCACAUCGAGCAGGUGGUCCAGUUGCAUUUGCUUUUUCAUCUUCAGAACGACCAAAAGAGGUGUAUUUAGCUGAGAGUAUUGAUCAACUUAUGUCAGCCAAACCGAUUACAAACGAUAACGAAUUAUUUACACAACGAGUUUUACCUCAAGCAACGGCAUACCACUGGAAAAAUACGGCAGAUAAUCAAGUGAUAGAAGGCGUUUUACACUAUCCGCCGGGAAAAUUCAAUGCAAAAAAUUUGCCUCUAUUAGUUCUUAUUCACGGCGGUCCAAAUGCAGCCAGUCUAAAUGAGCUCCAAGCCACUUGGAACUGGGCUACUAUGGCUGCUACUGAAGGCUGGCUAGUUUUAGAACCUAACUAUCGAGGAUCAACGGGCUAUGGCGACAAAUUUCUUGGUGAAAUUCGUCAUCGACCUCUUUCAUUACCUGGUCAAGACAUUCUCAUGGGAGUCGAUCAACUGACGAAAGAUGGCAUUGCUGACUCGAAAAGACUUGCCGUCGGGGGUUACAGCUACGGUGGUUUUCUGACGAAUUGGCUCAUCACUCAAACAACACGUUUCAAUGCAGCUUUGUCAGGUGCUGGCGGCAUUGAGCAUGUUUCUGGUUGGGGCACUAUGGAUUUGCCAUUACUGCUUAGUUAUUUACACGGAGGUUUCCCUUGGGAAGUACCACAAGUCUAUCAAAGUGAAUCUCCAAUUUAUUAUAUGAAUAGAGUACGUACACCAACACACAUUGUUGUAGGUGAAAAUGAUGUACGAGUCGAUGCUGAUCAAAGUUUUAUUUUGGAACGUAGUCUUCACUAUCUUGGAAUACCUGUACAAUUGUUAGUUUUUCCAAACGAAGGACAUGCUAUUGCAAAUUUUCCUUGGAGUGGAAAAAUUAAAGUUCGGGAAGAACUCAAAUGGUUACAGAAAUACGGGAAUCAGUCACUAUCGAGUGGAUGUUCUGUAAAGAUUAGGUCUCUUUCUAUCAUUUUUACAUCAUUAUCAAUGUUCAUUUCAACGAUUUACUUCUUUUAAAAAUUGCUCUUUCAAGUAUUUGAAAAGUGAACUCGUCUUUUGAAAUAAAUGAAAAGAUUCGAAAGAACGAAAUGUAUGUCAUGGCUAUCUAAGCAAAAAAAUGAUUAUUUACGAUAAAAAAUCGAUUAAGUAGUGAACAGUUCUUUAAUUCGGAACUAGAACAAUAUUGAUCUUUUUCCAAACUAUCUUGAUAGAAGGUAUUCUAUAAAUGAGAGGUUAAUAUGGAUCAAACAAACGGAUUCGAUUAAAAAAGUUUUCAGUACAAUUCGUGCGGGAUUAAAAAAUGACAUGUGAUGGAGCCAUUUCAAUUGGAUAUCGAUAUACUUCAUACUUUUGUAACGAUACCGCACGAGAUGAAUAGAGAAUAAUCUCCAUUUGUCUAUAAGAUAUGUGUGGGUGUAGAUGUAGGUGAAGAGAAGUUCCACAAUCACCUAAAUAUUUCGGGUUACACUGGUAGUUAUUAAUUCUUCCAAUCAUCAGAUUCUACCUGGCGCUACUGUAAACGCAUAGUAUUAGUCAAGUGCUAUUUCAUCACUGAUAUAUAAUAUAUUUAUGGAGAAUAUCUUUCUACUUUUACUUAAUUUUCGCUAAUCAUAUUGAUAUUGAAUAAUCAAGAGACAAACCGAAUGAAUUGUACUCCAAGUAUUAGCAUAUAAUUUGGACUCAAUAAACACAUCUUAUGAUUGACUAAUGAAUGUGAUUUUUUUGUAAUAACAAACUCCAAUAUGCAAUAAACCGAUUGAGUAUUGUGGAAGGAUUUUUUCAUGUUAUCUAUUAAGGAUGUGUGAAGUCAGUCUAUAUAAGAGUGUUGAAGAAUGGCUAGAACAGUCAACCAUAACUAGAAUGAAUCGAUAGGUAGACAAGGUGGCAUUCCAAACUGUCAUAGACAUUAUGAUGAUCGUUGAAAAACUCAAUCAUUUCAAGCUACAUAAGUGGAAAAGCGUGAAUGAAAAAGGUGUCUAUUGGAAAAAAUGUUCAAAUAGAAAAGUAAAUUUUGUUUUCAUUAAAACUCGAUUGUCUCAAAUGUCUUCUCUUACCUACUAGCAUAAUUGUAUGUGUUACAAUUCAUGCACAUAUAUGAUGCGAAAAAAAAUAAAUAAAAAAACUAGCAGUUAAUUGUUCAUAUAAACAUAAAAUACUAGUUACAACACUCUUCAUAGAAUGUCGAAUGAGAUACAUCAUUUAACUAUUCUUCAAUGAAUAAUUCAUCUACAAUAGUUUGCAUUGAAGUAUUAGUUAAAAAUGCCUUGGCAAUCAUGAGUUCAGAACGUUGAAAUUCUCUUCUGAUCACAAAGAACCCGAUACUGUUAAUGCAUUAUCAUGGAAUCAAUUAAGACAUGUUUGAUUGUAGAAACAUUCGAGAGUCGAUCGUAACACUAUUUCAACUGUUGAACAGUUUGAAUUCCACCCAAUUCAGCACAAUCACUUUGAUUUCAACAUGAGCAAUUUGUAUACUUUACUUUUAUUCAUUUAACAUUUGUGAAGUGGCAAAUGAUUGAAGAAGAAAUCGAUUAGCCUAAUUGUUUACUGUUAAUAAUGAUAGUGUCCAUAAUGAUGAUAAAAGUUGAAAGUAUGAGUAUCGACGCCAACAUAGACUAGUUUUUAUGAAAAAAAAUGGACCAUGAAUAACUCAUUCAUUGAUUGAACCACAACUACUCAACAAAAUCUCUAGAACAUAUUUGAUGUUCAGUAGUAUUGACUUUGAUCAAUUAUUUAUUGAAGAUCGAAAUCUUCGAGUAAAGGCAUUGAAGUUGAUUGACACAUGACUCAACUAAAUCGUGAUAUUGUGUUGUAGUUGGCUCCAAAAUUAUUUUCAUUUGAGUAUCUUUUUAAUAAAAUGGUACAAAAU